AUGGACCUGUUAGACUUCAUCGCGUCCCGCGACGUACUGAAGGGCAACAAGGCCGAGUCCGACUCCGCGCAGACGUCGCCUUACCGGGACUACGAAACGCGGUGGAAGGAGCUCAAGCGCGUCAUCCGCGCGGAGAACGCGAAAAAGAAUCCGUGCCACGUCACCCUGAAACGUGCGACUGACGAGCUUCGGGAUAUCAGGCGCCAUCUGUUGCGGGAGGACGCCCGCCAAAGUGGCAGGCCGCAGCCGGUUUCGUGUCUGGGCAACUCCGCGCAGCGCCCGAAGCCCGACGCCUACAAGGACUGGUCGGAGGCGCCCAAAAUCCGCCAGCGCAAUCGCAACACCCGCCGUUUCGUGUUCUACAUGCCCGCCGGCAAGGAGAUGGGCACCGACGUGACCAUCGGCCGUGAACGCCUAGAGAAGAUACAGGAAACCGUGAACAGGCGCUCCUACGGCCCGCUUGAGAGCGGCCCCAAGGUGGCCAUCGCCGGGAUCCCGCAGCCCAUGGACCGGAUGAACCGCCGGAGGCGAUGA